AUGGGUGGUUGUUUCUCUCAAGAAGCCGGCGACCCGUCGCGGAUGGCCAAGGUGAUCUCGGCGAGCGGCGAGCUGCACGAGUACCGCGUCCCCGUCUUCGUGUCCCAGGUCCUCCACGCCGAGACCUACUCCUCCUCCUCUCCCUGCUUCCUGUGCAACUCCGACCGGCUGUACUACGAGGAGGUCGUCCCCGCCCUCCGCCCCGACGACCAGCUCUCCCCCGACCAGAUCUACUUCGUCCUCCCCGAGUCCAAGCUCCAGCAGCGGGUCACGGCCUCGGACAUGGCGGCCCUCGCCGUCAAGGCCAGCGUCGCCCUCCAGAAGGUGGCCAGGCGAGGCGGCGGCCGCAGGCGGAGGAAGACCCAGAUCUCUCCCGUCUUGGAGGUGAACUUCGACGGGGGAGCUAGCCGCGGCGGCGACGACGGCGACCUCAGAUACGGGAGCCGGGAGUUCGAGGUCAAGAAGAGCUUCGUCGUCGACGUGAAGACCGUCCGCGGGGCGAGCCUCUCCCGAUCCGGGUCCAUGAGGAAGGUGCAGAGAAUAUCUUCGAAGCGAAUGAAGCUCGCGGUUCGUUCGUUUCGGAUGAAGCUGAGCACGAUUUACGAAGGCUCCGCGAUGUAG